AUGGGCUGGGGGAGCCGCUGCUGCUGCCCGGGACGGCUGGACCUGCUGUGCGUGCUAGCGCUGCUCGGGGGCUGCCUGCUCCCUGUGUGCCGGACGCAUGUCUACACCAACCACUGGGCGGUCAAGAUCGCCGGUGGCUACCCGGAGGCCGACCGCAUCGCCAGCAAGUACGGCUUCAUCAACAUAGGACAGAUAGGGGCCCUGAAGGACUACUACCACUUCUACCACAGCAGGACGAUCAAAAGGUCAGCGCUGUCCAGCAGAGGAACCCACAGUUUCAUUUCCAUGGAACCAAAGGUGGAAUGGAUCCAACAGCAAGUAGUGAAGAAACGGACAAAGAGGGAUUAUGACCUCAGCCGUGCCCAGUCUACCUACUUCAAUGAUCCCAAGUGGCCCAGCAUGUGGUACAUGCACUGCAGUGACAACACCCAUCCAUGCCAAUCUGACAUGAAUAUUGAAGGAGCCUGGAAGAGAGGUUACACAGGAAAGAACAUCGUGGUGACCAUCCUGGACGACGGCAUUGAGAGAACCCACCCUGAUCUGAUGCAAAACUAUGAUGCUCUGGCAAGCUGUGAUGUGAAUGGGAAUGACUUGGACCCAAUGCCUCGUUAUGAUGCAAGCAAUGAGAACAAGCAUGGAACCCGCUGUGCUGGAGAAGUGGCAGCCGCUGCAAACAACUCUCACUGCACAGUUGGAAUUGCUUUCAACGCCAAGAUUGGAGGUGUGAGAAUGCUGGACGGAGAUGUCACGGACAUGGUGGAAGCGAAGUCAGUCAGCUUCAACCCCCAGCACGUGCACAUAUACAGUGCCAGUUGGGGCCCGGAUGAUGACGGCAAGACUGUGGACGGACCAGCUCCUCUCACCCGGCAAGCUUUUGAAAAUGGUGUUAGAAUGGGACGGAGAGGCCUCGGCUCUGUGUUUGUCUGGGCGUCUGGCAAUGGCGGAAGGAGCAAAGACCACUGCUCCUGUGAUGGUUACACAAAUAGCAUCUACACCAUCUCUAUCAGCAGCACAGCAGAAAGCGGAAAGAAACCUUGGUACCUCGAAGAGUGUUCGUCUACACUGGCCACCACCUACAGCAGUGGAGAGUCGUAUGAUAAGAAAAUAAUCACCACAGAUCUAAGGCAGCGAUGCACGGACAACCACACGGGGACAUCCGCCUCAGCCCCCAUGGCUGCGGGCAUCAUUGCACUGGCCCUGGAAGCCAAUCCGUUUCUGACCUGGAGAGACGUACAGCAUGUUAUUGUCAGGACUUCCCGUGCGGGACAUUUGAACGCUAAUGACUGGAAAACCAAUGCUGCUGGUUUUAAGGUGAGCCAUCUCUACGGAUUUGGACUGAUGGAUGCUGAAGCCAUGGUGAUGGAAGCAGAGAAGUGGACCACUGUCCCCCAGCAGCACGUGUGUGUGGAGAGCACAGACCGACAAAUCAAGACUAUUCGCCCCAACAGUGCAAUACGCUCCAUCUACAAAGCCUCGGGUUGCUCUGAUAACUCCAACCACUACGUCAAGUACCUGGAGCACGUGGUUGUACGCAUCACCAUCACCCAUCCCCGGAGAGGAGACCUGGCCAUCUACCUGACCUCACCCUCAGGAACCAGAUCGCAGCUUUUGGCCAACAGGCUGUUUGACCAUUCAAUGGAAGGAUUUAAAAAUUGGGAGUUCAUGACCAUUCAUUGCUGGGGAGAACAAGCUGCUGGUGAUUGGAUCCUUGAAGUUUACGAUACUCCCUCUCAGCUGAGGAACUUCAAGACUCCAGGUAAAUUGAAAGAAUGGUCCUUGGUCCUCUAUGGCACCUCUGUGCAGCCAUACUCCCCAACCAACGAGUUUCCUAAGGUGGAACGUUCCCGCUAUAGCCGAGUUGAGGACCCCACGGAGGACUACGGUACAGAGGAUUAUGCAGGGCCCUGUGAUCCUGAAUGCAGUGAGGUAGGCUGUGACGGGCCAGGACCAGAUCACUGCAGUGACUGUUUGCACUACUACUACAAGCUGAAAAAUAACACCAGGAUCUGUGUCUCCAGCUGUCCCCCGGGCCACUACCAUGCUGACAAGAAGCGCUGCAGGAAGUGUGCGCCCAACUGUGAGUCCUGCUUCGGGAGCCAUGGUGACCAAUGCCUGACCUGUAAAUACGGUUACUUCCUGAGCGAAGAAACCAAUAGCUGUGUUAUCCACUGCCCUGAUGGGUCCUAUCAGGACACCAAAAAAAAUCUUUGCCGGAAAUGCAGUGAAAAUUGCAAGACAUGUACUGAAUCCCAUAAUUGUACAGAAUGCAGGGAUGGGCUAAGCCUGCAGGGAGCCCGGUGUUCUGUCACCUGUGAAGACGGAUGGUACUUCAGCGGCCAGGACUGCCAGCCCUGCCACCGCUUCUGUGCCACCUGUGCUGGGGCAGGCGCUGAUGGGUGCAUUAACUGCACAGAGGGUUACUUCAUGGAAGAGGGCAGAUGUGUGCAGAGCUGCAGCAUCAGCUACUACCUGGACCACUCUGCAGAGCCCGGGUACAAAUCCUGCAAAAGAUGUGACACCAGUUGUUUGACAUGCAACGGCCCAGGAUUCAAGAACUGCACCAGCUGCCCCAGUGGGUACCUCUUAGACUUAGGAGUGUGUCAGCUGGGAGCCAUCUGCAAGGAUGGAGAAUACACGGAUGAGCAUGGCCACUGCCAAGUCUGUGAUGCAUCAUGUGCCAAGUGCUGGGGGCCAACCCAGGAAGACUGCACCAGCUGCUUCACCACAAGGGUUUUGGAUGAUGGCAGAUGUGUUUUGAACUGUCCCUCAUGGAAGUUUGAAUUUAAGAACCAAUGCCGUCCGUGCCACCACACUUGCCAAGGAUGCCGAGGAAGUGGGCCUUUCAACUGCACCUCCUGCAGGGCAGACAAGCAUGGCGGAGAGCACUUCCUGUACCAGGGCGAGUGUCGAGAGAGCUGCCCAGUGGGCCUUGCCCCUGCCGAGGGGCACAUCUGCCUGCCCUGCCCAGACAACUGUGAGCUUUGCCACAACCCACACGUCUGCACCAGGUGCAUGAAUGGCUACAUCCUAGGACCCACCAACCAUACUUGCCAGAAGCUAGAAUGUGGGCAAGGUGAAGUCCAAGAUUCAGACUACGAGGAGUGCUUGCCUUGUGAGGAAGGCUGUCUGGGGUGCAGCUCAGAUGACCCAGGAACCUGUGCUUCAUGUGCUGUGGGGUAUUACAUGUUCGAGCGCCACUGUUACAAAGCCUGUCCGGAGAAGACCUUCAGGGAAGGGCUGGAGUGCAGAGCCUGCAGCGCGAAUUGCGUCAGCUGCCAACAGAACGUGUGCUUCUGGUGCGAAGACAGCUUCUUCCUCCUUGGUGGCAGCUGCGUGCCCGAGUGUGGCGCCGGCUUCUACGGAGACCGCGACGCCGGAGAAUGCGUGCCCUGCCACCGAGCCUGCGACACCUGCACGGGCCCAGGCNNNNCGGAGUGCAGCAGCUGCGCCGAGGGACGGAGGCUGCAGCGCGGGAUGUGCGCGGGCCACGCGUGGCCCCCCGCCGAAGGCGAGACUGGGAAGGCCUGGAAUGAAGCUGUGUCCACCACAAACCCAUCUUUGGUGAAGAACCUGCUGCAGGAGCGACGAAGGUGGAAAGUUCAAAUCAAAAGAGAUGUUUUGAGAAAGCAUCAGCCUUGCGAUUCUUCCUGUAAAACGUGCAAUGGGUCUGCAGCUCUGUGUACUUCAUGUCCAAAAGGUGCAUAUCUGUUGGCCCAGGCCUGUGUUUCCUCCUGUCCCCGAGGCAUGUGGCCAUCCGUCAGGAGUGGCAGCUGUGAGAACUGUCCAGAGGACUGCACGUCUUGCUCUGGGGACAACCUUUGCACGAAGUGCCACAGUCAGCCCGACCGGCCUCUCUUCCUGCAUGAAGGCAGAUGCUACCACAGCUGCCCUGAGGGCUUUUAUGACCAGGACGACUCCUGUGAGCCCUGCGCCUCUCCUUGCAGAGCGUGUGAAGGAAAUGCCUCCAACUGCCUCUCGUGUGAAGGAGGCUUCGUUCUGGCCCAGGAAAUGUGCCUAGAGAGCUGCCCGGAGAGGCACGUGGCCGUGGCGGGAGUGUGCAAGCCCUGCCCUGAGCAGUGUCAGGACUGCGUCCACGAGAAGAUGUGCAAAGAGUGCGCGCCUGAGUUCUUCCUGCUCAACGGCCUGUGCCACCAGUCCUGUCCCGGCCGCUUCUUUCCUGACUUGCGUCAGUGUGUCCCCUGCCAUGAAGACUGUCGGCAGUGCAGGGGCCCCAAGGCAGACGACUGUGAGCUCUGCGCCGACACCUCCAUGGUCCUCUACGAUGGGCUGUGCGUAGACGUGUGUCCAGAGGGAACUUACUACGAAGUAGAGGCCGAGGAAUGCAAAGCUUGUCACGAGUCCUGCAGCACCUGCUCGUCAGCCGGGACCUGCACAGCCUGCCGGGAAGGCCUGCAGAUGAACAGCCGAGGCUCCUGCGUGGCUCACAGGGAAUGUGCCACCAUCGAGUACUGGGACGAGGCCGUGCACAGGUGCAAGCCCUGUCACCAGAGGUGCAGUGACUGCACGGGGCCCAUGGAGGACCAGUGCCACAGCUGCCCCAGGAGCAGCCUUCUUCUCAACACCACCUGUGUGGACAGCUGCCCAGAGGGCUACUUCGAGGACAGACAGCGGUGCACACCCUGCCAUGGAUCUUGCAGGACCUGUAAAGGGACACGAAGCAUGCAGUGCCUCUCCUGCCGAGCAGGCUGGUUCCAGCUGGGCAGGGAGUGUCUGCUGCACUGCAGGGAAGGUUAUUAUGCAGACAAUUCCACUGGGCAGUGUGAGAAGUGUCACAAGAGUUGCAAGACCUGCUGGGGCCCACGCCCCACGGACUGCCUGUCCUGCGAUCCGUAUUUCUUUCUUCUCCGCUCCAAGGGAGAGUGUUACCUGGCCUGCCCGGAGUAUUACUACACAGAGCAGAGCACACAGACCUGUGAGAGGUGCCAUCCAACCUGCAAGCAAUGCAAAGGAAAAGGAGCGUUGAACUGCUUGUCCUGUGUGUGGAACUACCACCUCAUGGGAGGACUGUGCACCUUGGACUGUUUUGUGGGGAAAUACAGAGUGGGAGAGGGAGAAAAAUUUACCUGUGAAAAAUGCCAUGAGAGCUGCAUGGAAUGCAAGGGUCCUGGCACCGAGAACUGCACCGUGUGCUCCGCCCCUCUGCUGCUGCACCUGGAAGAUAGCCGUUGCCUGCAGUGUUGCAACACCUCCCACCCCACUACUGCCCAAGAGUGCUGUGACUGCCAGGAGACCAUGGAGGAGUGCAUCCUUCCGACCAAGGCCAAGCCUGCUUCUGAGCAUGCCAAGACGGCUCUGCUGAUCACCUCCACCAUCAUACUGGUGCUUCUGCUGGGGGCCGCUGUGCUUGUCUGGAAGAAGUCUCGGGGCCGCGCCCAGCCCGUACAGAAGGCCCGCUAUGAAAAGCUGGCUGACCCCGCCAAGGCCUAUUCCUACAAGAGCAGUUAUCACGAGAACACCAGCUUUGAGGAGGACCAGGUGAUUGAGUACAGGGACAGGGACUAUGAUGAAGAUGAUGAUGACGACGACGACAUCGUCUACAUGGGCCAAGACGGCACUGUCUACCGGAAGUUUAAGUAUGGGCUGCUGGAUGAUGAUGAUGAGGUCGAGCUGGAAUAUGACGAUGAGAGUUACUCCUACUAGUGACCACGGCCCACCCACCCCCGAGCACUAAUGGAUUGGUUUUAUCCACACACCAAGCCGAUGUGUGUACAUGCCUGUUCAUCUUCUUAACCAUGAAUUAGAAUGCGCAAGAAUUCUGAAAUAUUUUGUGCUUCUUUUGAGUGGCUACAUUUUAUUAACAGUUCCUGCUCAACCAUAGUUGAGGAGCAAGAAAAAAAUUUGAAGGUAGUUUCUUCAAAACAGUGUGUCAAGACCACAAAAUGCAGGAAGCAAAAACAAGUGAGAUUUGUAAAAAAAAACAAAAAACAAAAAACAAAAAAACCUGUGAUGUGGUUAAAAAUAAUGUGUGGGGGGCAGAGUACCUACAGAAAUUCUGUUUCCAAGAGAAGACAUCUGCUACUUUCUGGAAUUCUGAUAUUUCUUUAGCUAAUUUUGGGGACAAGGAGCUACAAGAGUAUCGUUAGGUGGGGAGGCCAUUCCUCUUCCCUUUUGCUUUGUUUAGGCAGAUAUGUUUUGUGAAGACCAAGGAAAGAGGGCUCUCAUCCUCUGUAGCAGAGCACCCCUGCUGAGCAGAAGAGGUCUGUGCUGAGCCUGCUCAGCACUAUUAUAGAUGAGAGAAGCAGCACUGUAGUUGAGGUCCCGAGAGUUCACUGGGCCCUGGGUCCUCCCCAGGAAACUGGAGUCUAACGGUCCCAAAGGCAGAGUGAGCUCAGGUCAGCAAGGCCAGUGUGAGAGAAAGUGCCACGUUUCCCAGCAUGGCACCUUUGUGAUUUUCUAAGAACUUUUUUC